UUUUCGUUUAAUAGUUUUUUUUUUUUUUAAAUCAUGAAUGAUUUCCAAAAUAUUGGUAUUUUUCUUCAGUUAGCAGCAAUGAUUAUACUUCUUUUAAAAAUCAUAUGUACAUUUGAUUGCACGGGUGUUAGUGGCAGAACUCAAAUACUCUACGCUUUGGUAUUAUCAACACGAUUUCUAGAUUUACCAUACGAAUUUCAGAUAUCAUUACCAUCUUUUAUCAUAAAGAUUGUUUACUUAUUUGUUGCAUAUCUUACCGUUUUAUUCAUAUUUUUUGUACACAGGAGUACUUAUGAGCGUGAAUAUGAUACAUUCAGAUUCGACCUAUUGAUAGGUGCAUGCACGGUAAUGGCUUUGCUCUGCACUUACAAGAAAUGGGAACUUCUUUCGAUACUCUGGCACUUCAGCGUAUUCCUGGAAACAUUCGCAAUCUUUCCUCAAAUCUAUUUUACAACGAAAGCCAAUUACACGGGGAGCUCUCUCGUGUUUUACGUAGGAAUGCUUGCCUGCUAUCGUGCUUUCUAUACUGUUCAUUGGAUCUAUUUACUGUUAGUUGAGGGCUACGUUGAUAAUUAUUAUGUGGCCGCAUCUGGCAGUACUCAGUUCAUUAUUUAUUGUGGUUACUUUGUAUGGAUGGUGCCAAUUUUUAAAGCACAAUACGCCCAUCUGAAGAAUGACGAGAGUCAGUUGGAUGUUGUGUCGAUCGCCCCAAAUGACUUCGAGUGUAACAUCAGCAAAAACGAGUCUUUGUUUAACAAUUGA